AACCAAAGUUGACAAAUCUACUCUCUAGAGUCCAACCCUCUCUCUCGGCUCUCGCUCUUCAAUUCAUUUUUGUUGCCUGCUUAUUAAAUCCCACAUCUUUCUCCAUCCUUCUCCAAUAUCUUGUUAUAAUAUUAUAUAUAUGAAAAAAACAUCAUCUUGUUAUCCUUUUUUCUUCCCAAUUAUAAUCAAUCAUCAUCUUUAUCAUUCCCCGCAAAACACCAACAAAAACAACAGCUGCUUGCUGGUUUUGAUUGGGAGAGGAUGAGAGUGAGAGAGCAUUAUGCGAAUCCUUUGUGACGCUUGUGAAAGUGCCCCUGCUAUUGUCUUCUGUGCUGCCGAUGAGGCUGCUCUUUGCCGUGCCUGUGAUGAAAAGGUCCAUAUGUGCAAUAAGCUUGCUAACCGCCAUGUCCGGGUGGGUCUAGCAAAUCCCAGUGAUGUUCCUCGCUGUGAUAUAUGUGAAAAUGCUCCUGCUUUCUUUUACUGCGAGAUAGAUGGAAGUUCCCUUUGUUUGCAAUGUGAUAUGAUUGUACACGUUGGAGGUAAAAAAACCCAUGGAAGAAAUCUUCUAUUAAGGCAGAGAGUAGAGUUUCCGGGGGAUACACCGGUGGAUCCGAGUGAGAACUGGAGAGGCCAAACUCAGCCGGCUAAACCAACAGUAGGAGAGAACCAACAGAAUCACAAGGUCUCUCCUGCACAAGUGAUGGGUGCUAAAAAUCUCAAGCAUGAUACUAAAAUGAUUGAUUUGAAUAUGAAGCCUCAUCGAAUGCAUGGGCAAGCCUCGAACAAUCGGGUUGGAACUAUUUUCAUUGGUUCUCCUUUUUCUUUCUCGCAACAUUUGAAACUCAUGCUCUUGUUCUUUCAACAUCCAAUAAUGGAGAGACAUUAGGUACAUGUCUUGUUAGGAAGCUCCUCGAAGUUUCAUUUUGCAUCUGCAAUAAUCACGCCAUUGUUUUGAUGCAUGAAAAAGACAUAAACCUAUACAAUGAUUUACUUCUUUUUUUGAUAAAGUAUUUUGUUUAUACAUCCAAAAAAGAAGAAUGAUCUCCUUUUCUGCCAUAUAAUAGAUGCAUGUGUUCCGAGCACUCCGCUAUUGUACAACACUCGAAGCUUUCCUUCUAAGUUAAUGCACAGCCCAUCUGACCUUAUUUCACUGGCGGUGCAUUUGUUUGAUUUAAGUUCAUUUUGUUGACAUGUUACAUUUUUCUCUUGAUUUUCAAGUUAAA